AUGGCAAACGCUGUAGAACAGAGUCCAGCCAUCGACGCACAAAAGAACGUGCCUUCUAGUUCGAAUCCUGAGCGGGUGCGAAAGCCUCGAAAGCUCCAGCGACGAGGUGGUCCACCGGAAACAUCAAAGGCGUUGGAUCCUCCCCCAGAAUCUGAAAAGCCGCCAGCAGAAGCAGAUCAAGCAGAUGAAGCGGGUGAAACGGCAGUAGCAGAGACACCAGAGGCACCAGAAGCACCAGAAGCAACUGAAACUAUGGAUCCGUCUCCAGAUACGGAAGAAACACAACUCGACCGGGAGACUCAAUCGGUAUCUUGGAGCGAAGGAGAGCUGCAGCCACAACUGCAACAGCAGCAGCCACUGCAACGCCAGCGAUCCGUUAUAUCAGUGACAGAGCAAAUAUCCUCUCCCUCAUCAUCGUCCCCUGCCAGCGCAGACGCAUAUUAUCGACAGGCCCGUCGACGCGGCCAGCGAGGAGAUAUGAGACGUCAGCAACGUGAACAGCAACAGGCGCUGGCGCUGCCUGCCUUGGGGAAUGUAGGGGACGUACCAGGGAACCUCACCCAAGGCGUUGGCGAUUUGGCCCAGAACACCGCCGGCAGAGCUGUCGGUACGCUCGGCAACACGGCGGGAAAGGCCCUUGGACGAAGCAUCAUGGGAGGGAGAAAUGACACUCAACUCCAGCAGCAGGGGCAGCAGCAGACUGAGAAGAAGAAGGACGAACAGCUUCGCCUGCGUCUAGACUUGAAUUUGGACGUUGAGGUACAGCUUAAGGCUAAGAUCCACGGAGAUCUUACGCUCCAACUUCUGUAUGUUACUCUCCAAUCCUUGUGCUCCUUGUCUCUUUUCUGGAUCUUGUGUGGGUUCGAUUAUUCUAGUUCGAAUUUCGCUGACUGA